CCAGUACUCGUAGCAAGCAGGCAAGUGGUUUAUUGAGCAACAUAAGCGAAGCGCUGCUUAAAGACUGCUAAUAGCUCAACUUUUAAAACGGAUAAUGCAAUCCUUGAAUUUUCCAACACCAAUUUACAACAACAACAUUACAAUGCCUCAAAAAGCUAACCACUUUCUCUUCCGAAACAGAAGAGACCAAACGCCCCGGUUCCCUACUUUAGUUCUCGCGGCCGAGCAUGACUUGACACUCGAAGACGAAGAAAAUAAAGGAGGGGCGGUGGUGCCAUUGCCGGAGGGUCUACGGAGGGAGGUUAUGCCCCGGCACGUGGCAGUGAUAAUGGAUGGCAAUGCGAGGUGGGCCAGGAAGCGGGGUUUUUCAGCAGCAUCUGCCGGGCAUGAAGCUGGUGUACGGUCACUUAGGGAGCUUUUAAAGUCGUGUUGUGAGUGGGGGAUUAGAGUUCUCACUGUUUUUGCCUUCUCUUAUGAUAAUUGGACUAGGCCUAAGGUGGAGGUUGUUUUCUUGAUGAGUUUAUUUGAAAGGAUGUUGAAGUCCGAGGUGGAUAACUUUAUGAGGAAGGGUAUUCGAGUCUCUACAAUUGGAGACUCCUCCAGGCUCCCAGAGUCUCUAAAAAAACUGAUAAGUGAUGUAGAGGAGAAGACGAGAGACAACUGCAGACUCCACCUCAUCGUGGCAGUCAGCUAUAGUGGGAAAUAUGAUGUUACACAAGCAUGCAAAAGCAUUGCUCACAAGGUGAAGAAUGGUAUUGUUCAGUUGGAAGACAUCGAUGAAAGCCUACUUGAACAGGAGUUGGAAACAAAUUGUGCCCAGUAUCCAUGCCCUGAUUUACUGAUAAGAACCAGCGGAGAACUUCGGAUCAGCAAUUUCUUACUGUGGCAACUGGCCUACACUGAGCUUUUCUUUGCAGAAGCGCUCUGGCCUGACUUUGGAAAAGCUGAGUUUAUAGAGGCCUUAACUUCCUAUCAGCAAAGGCAGAGACGCUAUGGUGGACGACAUUCAUAACUGCAUGCUAUUUAGAUUCCUUGAAUUAUUUAUAUGAAUUCCAUUUCUGUCAGGCAAAGCUCUCUUCACCGUUUGUUGAGCUUCAGCUCUGA